AAACAUUUUAUCCAUUUCCCCCUCCAUCACAGCACCCCCCAUCAAAAUGGUUGCCCUCUCCCUCAUCACUCUCGCCACGCUCCUGGGCUCUGCCCUGGCGAACCCUGUGCCGAUCUCAUCUUUUGAUGUUGAGAUCCCGGCCGCCAAUGCUUCCGAGGUGGACAAGCGCCAGGCUGCAGAGGGAGUCUACCUUUUGAACUGCGGCCCUCCAUCCAACCCGAAUACAUACCACCCUGUUGUUUACUGCCCCAACAUCUCCAACUGUGGCCGCAUCCCCUCCAACAACAACCUCUGCUACGGCCCCACCAAGUGGGAGACUUCCACUGGCUCUUGCAGGUUCCCGACUGGCGUCACUUUCACCUGGAAUAUUGUGGCUAACGCCCAGGAGUUCCCCUACUUUGCCGUGGUUGGGAGUGGGAACAAUGGACGCCCGCGCCCUUUCACCAUCCGCAAGGAUAACCAGGGUGUUUUGUACAGGGAUGGUCAGGGAUACGACUGCAGAGCCAUUUAUGUUGCUGUGUAGGUUGUAGGAACUGUUUGUGGGCAGUAGGUAGAUGCUUUGCUGGUUGUUGGUGAGGACUUCGUUCGUUUCUACUGGUUUUCACCAAAGUCAAUAUCAAAGCAAAUACGUAGUUCAAAUCGUGUGCUGUGCAUCAUGAAAAAUCCAAGACACCUUUCCCACCCA